AUGGACAAUGCAAAAGAAAUUGUUUUAAAAGCCCAGAUCUUAGCUGGAGGAAGAGGAAAAGGUGUCUUCGAUAGCGGUUUGAAAGGAGGUGUUCAUUUAACAAAAGACCCUAAAGUGGUGGGACAGCUGGCAGAGCAGAUGAUUGGUUAUAAUCUAGCAACCAAACAAACACCAAAAGAAGGUGUGAAAGUUAACAAGGUGAUGGUUGCUGAAGCCCUGGAUAUUUCUAGAGAAACUUACUUGGCCAUUCUGAUGGACCGGUCCCAUAAUGGCCCUGUGAUAGUGGGCAGUCCCCAGGGGGGCGUUGAUAUUGAAGAAGUGGCAGCUUCCAGUCCAGAACUCAUCUUUAAGGUAUGUUUUAUUAGCCAGCCAUGUAACUGAUUGUUAGAGUACUAACUGUU